AUGCAAACAUGGCAAAAUUUCAGCUUCGCUGUUAAUUUUCCAGAGGCCUGUGAUAUGAUUCUGGAAGUGGCUGCGAAUGAGAACUUAAAGGGAGAGAAGAUGAUCAAGAAGGUGUUUGUGUUCACCGACUUUGCAUCCGGCUGCCACUGGAAGACCAAGUAUGAGGAAGUACGCAAGAAGUUUAUGGAGCAAGGGUAUGAGGAUGAUGCAAUCCCACAAGUUUUGAUUUGGGGUCUUUUUUACUUGAACAUUCCUAGUAUAGAGGAACUUCAUCCGGGGCUGACUGUGUUGAGUGGCUUCUCCGAUGAGUUGAGCAAGUUAUUCUUGGACAAUGGUGGAGAAAUUGGCCCACACCAACUCAUGGAAGCAGCCGUUGCUGACAAAGAGUAUCAAGCUCUCCGUGAGGAUUAUUCCGCAGAAAGCACAGCUGAUACUCAUCGAGCUGUUAAUGGUUCUCAUAAAAUUGAUGAAAACCGUAAUGGUACUGUAAAUGUGGAUUUGCAGCACCAAGAUGAAGAUGGUGAUGUAGAUAGGAAAUUGGAUUCUAAGCCCUUGUUAGUUUUUAUCAACAAGAGGAGUUUGGCUCAGCACCAAGGGAAUUCACUGAGGCAACGAUUGAAUAUUCUUCUCAAUCCUGUUCAGCUCAACGCAGCCCACCGCGGAUUGACGAAGAGUGGGUUGUGCGCAUCUGAUUUUGCUGCUUCUUAUCAAUUCACUGGUUCCUUCUUCUUCUGGAUCUUUUAG